ACAUUAAGGCUGUAGGCUACAUUUUACAACAUAUUGUAUAUAUACUCCAGCUUCGGUAACUUAAACAAAAUAUUAGAAAUAAUAUGAAUUGUGAAUCUGCGGACGAGUGGAGUUCGUGUGACGUCACAUCAGUUCCCUGGAGAUCAGUGGAGGAGUGAGUGAAUGCGCAGGAUGCUGAGCUGAACAGCUGAUUCUGAGCAUUUAACCUGUACUAUGGACAGCUGUAUUCCGCUAACCUAGCAUCUAUUGCAGUAUAAAAGGGGAAGCAUUUUCACUACUGCGAACGAAAACGCACCAGCCUCACAAUGGAACGUUUUCUUCAUUCACCUGGCCGGACACGGGAAGAGUACCGGUACCAAACGCCGCGUCCUUCAUCGAAACUCAUCUCAAGGUCUGCCUUUAGCCUUGGGUCCACAGCACCACUGAGAGGUAAUGAAACCCUUACCGAAUUUGCCGCAAAACCGGCCGAUAGCUUAGAUUUUUCAAACAAAUAUGCAAGUGGAAUGAAUCUGAGGAAAAUUAGUGAGAAAGAAUUACUGCAGGGGCUCAAUGACCGCUUCGCGGGAUUCAUCGAGAAGGUUCAUCACCUGGAAAAUCAAAACAUAGCGCUAGAGAGAGAAAUUGAGGCCAUUCGACUCAGAGCAAAAUCAUCUUCCUCUCUGUCCAAAGAGUAUGAAUCAGAACUUAACGGUCUGAGGCAGCAAGUUCAUGAGAUUGGCCUUCAGAAGCAUCAGAUUGAGAUAAACCGUCAGAAUCUGGAGGACGAGUUUGACACUUUGAGAGAGAAGCAUGAAAGAGAGACUCGUGGUCGAGUUGAUGCUGAAGACAGCAUUUCAGUACUGAAGAAGUGCAUUAAUGAUGCAUACCUAACCAAGCAAGACAUGGACAGAAAAGCCAAAGCUCUCGAAGAGGAGAUCGGAUUCUUGAAGAAAAACCACGAAAGCGAGGUAGCAGAAAUGAUGACCCAAGUCCAAGAGGGUCAUGUGACAGCAGAAAUAAGUGAUUUUAGUAGAAGUGAUGUCACUGCAGCUCUGAGGGACAUCAGGAUGCAACUUGAAGGUCACACCGACUCUGACAUCCGAUAUGCUGAGGAACGCUUUCGAGCACAGCUCGCCAAACUGACCAAAGCUGCUGAGGUCAACAGAGAAGCUCUCAUGGCCACUAAAGCAGAGAUUAAUGAACACCGGAGACAGCUGCAGUCCAAGAACAGCGAGCUGGACUCUGUGAAAGGUGUGAGGGAAGCUCUGGAGAGGCAGCUGUAUGACCUCGAGCAACGGCACAAUGCUGAAAUCCAUCACUUCCAGGACACAAUCAGAGAGUUGGAAUACGAGCUGAAAAAUGCUAAAUAUGACAUGAGCAGUCAUGUGAGGGAGUACCAGGACCUUCUCAAUGUCAAAGUGGCACUGGAUGCUGAAAUUUAUUCCUACAGGAAACUUUUGGAGGGUGAAGAGUCAAGGUACUCUACAAUCUCAGAUGCACAUAUUUCAGUACCAUACAUUUACAGACAGUCACCCAUCUAUACUCUCCCUUGUGUCAAAAGGCAGGGGGGAGCAACUCGAAAAGCAGAGCCUCAGUACAAAUUUGUUGAAGAGAUUAUUACAGAGACAACCAGAGAAGAUGUGGAGAUAUCGGACUCUGGCUCUGAGAAGAGUGGGGAGGGGAGAGAGGGUGACAAACCAGAUGAGGAGAGCAGUGAGAAAAAUGAAACUCCUCAAGAAGCUGAAGAUAUUGAAGAACCAGCUGUGGAGACCGGCGAUGAACACAGUCCUGAGAUAGAGACAGAGGAAAAUGAAGUCAAACCAAGUGAUGAAAAAGAGGAUGAACCAGUUAAAAUUACUCCAGUUGAUUCUGAGGUACAAAAAGAUGCUGACUCUGAACCAACUCAAGACUCUACAGAAAAGGCCAUUGAUGAACAAGAUAAAUGUGAGGAAAGAGACACAAAAGACACAGAGCAGAAAGACCUGAAGGAUGACAUGAAUGGAAAAGUUGAUGGACCUGAAGAAGAACGUGUGAAAAAGAAAGAUAAACCAGCUAAAGAGACAGAGAAAGAUGUCCCCAAACCAGAUAUGUUAGAAAAGCAACAAAUGCCAGAGAAAUCAGAAACUGGACCAAAAGACAAACCAUCUCAAGAGCCACAAAGUCCUGAAGCAACAACUGAAGUAAACGCUAAGCCCAGUGGACAAACUGUGGAGGUAACUUCUCCAAGAACUGAAGAUGAUAAAAACAAAGAUGAUAAAAUCUCACCUCAAGAAUCCACAACUAGAAAAUCAGCAGAGAAGGAGAAAGAAACAACUCCAGUUCAACCUGUAGAGAAAGAUUCUCCCAAACCAGAUAAACCAGCAGCUGCUGAACAUGCUGAGAGUGGAAAACAGACUACUGGAGAGGACACAGAGGAGGAGACCUCUGCAAAAAAAGAUAUUUCUGAUACUGUAAAAGAAGAAACAAAACAAUCUGAGCCUUUGGAAAAAGACCAAGAGGAUAGCAACAAACUAACAGAGAAACCUGUGGAGAAGAAGCAAGAGGCUCAAUCAAAGAAAGAGGAAAAAGAACAAAAACCUGAGGAGUCUGUUAAAGAUAGCAAAGUUGCUGAACUGGUAGACAAUGUGAAAACAGAAAAAGGUGAAAGUAUCAAGCCUAAAGAAACAGAAAAGACACAAGAAAACCUUUCCAAAGCUGCAGAAGUGAAAUCACAACCUGAAAAGUCACAGAAACAGGAGGACCGCAAAAGCGACAGUGUAGACACCGUCAAAACAGAAAAGGUUGAACUUGCUAAGCCUAAAGAAACAGAAAAGACACAAGAGGACAUUUCGAAAGUUACGGAAGAAAAAUCACAACCUGAAAAGUCAAAGAAACAGGAGGACAGCAAAAGCGACAGUGUAGACACCGUCAAAACUGAAAAGGUUGAACUUGCUAAGCCUGAAGAAACACAAGAGGCACAAGAGGACAUUUCGAAAAAAGUUACGGAAGAAAAAUCACAACCUGAAAAGUCACAGAAACAGGAGGACCGCAAAAGCGACAGUGUAGACACCGUCAAAACAGAAAAGGUUGAACUUGCUAAGCCUAAAGAAACAGAAAAGACACAAAAGGACAUUUCCAAAGAAGUUACAGAAGAAAAAUCACAACCUGAAAAGUCAAAGAAACAGGAGGACAGAAAAAGCGACAGUGUAGACACCGUCAAAACAGAAAAGGUUGAACUUGCUAAGCCUAAAGAAACAGAAAAGACACAAGAGGACAUUUCGAAAGUUACGGAAGAAAAAUCACAACCUGAAAAGUCACAGAUAAAGGAGGACAGCAAAAGCGACAGUGUAGACACCGUCAAAACUGAAAAGGUUGAACUUGCUAAGCCUAAAGAAACAGAAAAGACACAAGAGGACGUUUUGAAAAAAGUUACGGAAGAAAAAUCACAACCUGAAAAGUCACAGAUACAGGAGGACAGCAAAAGCGACAGUGUAGACACCAUCAAAACUGAAAAGGUUGAACUUGCUAAGCCUAAAGAAACACAAGAGGCACAAGAGGACAUUUCCAAAGAAGUUACUGAAGAAAAAUCACAACCUGAAAAGUCAAAGAAACAGGAGGACAGCAAAAGCGACAGCAGAGUGGAAAGUGUGACAAGCGGAGGGGAAGUUAAAGUCACAGAGAAACAGGUUGAUGAAACACUGAGUAAUCAAUCCCCCAAAGCCAAGGAAACAAAAUCUGAUGCAAAGCCUGAGCAAAAGGAUACUAAAGAAAACAAAGUGAAGACGUUUGAGAAAGCUGAAGAAGAGGAUAGUGUGAUGACCAACGGCACUGGAACCAGCAAGGAUGUUAAAAGUGAAGAAACUGUCCCAAAAGACAAAGAAUCAGACAGUGGUGAACAUGAAGUGAAAGCGUCAACCAAAACAGAAGCUAAAGCUCUGGAGAAGACAGAGCAGGUCAAAGAGAGCAGCAAGAAGGACAGCGUGGACACCAAAGGUCCAGAAGAAACAACUAAACCCACUGAUGUAGUGUAGAAUAACAGCUACCCCUAAGAAUAAAAUGUCU